ACCCUCUUGACCCUGCUCACUUGGCUGAUCCCAAGUACAACUCUCUCUCUGAGGCCUCCCGUGCCCAAGAAAUUUUCUCCUUGGUACACAAGCGUGCCAUCAAUACUCUUUCCUUUGUUCGUCCUGUUUCUGUUGCUGCCGUCGGUCGCUCCUUCGUUGAGAAGGGGUGGAUCGAUGAAUCUGAUCUUCAGUCUGCUCUCCGUGUUGCUCGUCGUCGCCUUGCUGAGGUUAGUCCCAAGAAGGCUACCUUUAUGUUCCGUGGUGUUCCCUCUUCGUCUGAAGAAACGUUAUGGAAUGCAAAUGGUCUUCGUGCCACCACCGUCCAUGAUGUCUUAUCUCAUUCUCUUUGCUCUGAUGUCCUCUUUAUCACUGAAUCCUGGCUUACUUCUGGUCUCCUGCCUACAAACUGGUCUCAAUAUCACUUGUAUGGUAAACCCGUUGCUAAUGCUAAUGGUCGUGGUUCUGCAGGUGAUCUGGUGGUCAAUCCCCGUGGUCGGUCUCUCUUGCCUUGGCUUGAAGAACGUUCCCUCCGGGUCCUUAACUCUGAACUUGCUCAUGGUGUUGCUACCUUUACAACGUUUCGGCGUAAUGUAGAGGUUAGUAGCAUUAUUGACCUGUUCAUCACCAACAUUCCUGCCUCUGGUAUGGUCUCUCCUUCUCUGGUGGUUGAGUCUGACUUGUCCCUUGGUUCUGACCAUCGUCUGAUGUUUCUUUCCUUUGGGUACAUUCCUCCUCUCCACUCUGCUCCUUCUUCUGGUGUCUUGGCCCCUCGUCGAUUGUGGAAUCUUUCCCGGUUGAAUGAAGUGGAUCCCUUGCUCCUGUAUCAAUCUCGUUUCCGGUCUCUUGUGGCUCCUUUACAGGUUACCCUUGAUGGCUUGGUUUCUUCUCCUCCUGGUGUUCGUCCGCCGAUAGACUCGCUCAAUGAUUCCCUCAACGAGUGUUUCUAUCGUGCUCUUGAUGACUCCAUUGGUCAAAAGGCUGCUCGUCCUGGUCACUGGCAUAAGUACUGGACUGCUGAUCUUGAGGCUGCUGCUCGUGAGCGAGAUAGGCGUUACCAACUUUCCAAGGCUACUGCUACCAUGGCUCGGCUCAAGCGUCGUAAACUAGUCUCUGCCUCAUAUACCCACCCUGAUGGUCCACAGUCAGCAGUUAACACUAUGGCUGCCCAUCUGGCGAAGGUGUAUGAUGGUUCUCUUCUCUCUUCUGCGGAUCGUCCGGCUGCUCCUCCUGACUUCUCGGGUAUGGCUCCGUUCGUUUCUGGCUCUUCUCCUUUGGUCCCUGAUUCUGAUCUUGGUAUCUUUUCUGUCCCUACUCUACUUAGGCUGAUCAAGCAACUACCUAACCGUAAGGCACCUGGUCGCGAUCACCUGAAAGCAGAAAUGCUGAAGGCCGUGGCUAAGGACCUGGCUCCGGUGUUGUCUUCUUUGUUCCAGAUCUGUUAUCAGUGGUGCUACACUCCUGCCGUGUGGCGUCAAGCCCAGGUGUUCCCUAUCCAUAAGAAAGUUACCUCUUCCACCUCGUUCAACUUUCGGUUGCGUCUUUACGGCGAGCCUCUUCCGACUGUUGACGAGUUUGUUUAUCUUGGUGUCCCGUUCCGUGGUAAAGGUCUCUAUGGUCCUGGUAUCCUAGCUUUGCGGUCCUCUGGUGCUGUCAAGACUAUGGCUCUGCUAAACUCGGUCGGUGUCAACUGUAAUGGUUUCUCUCUUCUCCUUUCCUCGCGGCUGUAUACUUGCUUCAUUCGGCCCAAACUUGAGUAUGGCCUGGCCAUCUCUCGUUUGACAUCUUCGGAUGUAAAAGCCUUUGACAAGUUGCAAAAUAAGUUGGUUGGUAUGUUCUUGGGUAGCUCCUGGGUCAAUGUUGCUAAGCACAUUACCUGUAUCCUUCCGUUCCAUCACCGGUAUAAGGUCCUGAUGACUCGCUACGUUCUUCGGUCUCGGUCUCUUGCGGAUGACUGCUUGGUUGUUCUCUUACGAGACAGCCUGCGUUACUCUCGCUUGGUGAAGUAUCUCUCUGAGAACUCGCUAUACCGUUCGCUCCCAGAUCCUCUGCCUGUAUCCUCCUCCGCUCUCAAGGCUCUCUUUGACUCCCAUUGGCAAGAACAGUUUGAUCGUCAAAUGUCAGCUGCUUCCACCUCUGGUAAGUUCGUCCUCCUCCGUGCUUGUCGUCCUUCUGUGUCACAACCGGAUCCCAUCCUAUACCUCCCCAUGUCUCGUACUGCCCGUAGUCGACUGGUUCGCUGGCGUCUCGGUCGCUUUACGAACAUGGAUGAAGAGUGUCCUUGUUCUUCUGGUGCUAGGCUCACCCGUGAUCACAUCUUGGUCUGUCGUGCUGUUGAUUCCUCCUUGGUCUCUCAGUUGCCUGUCUCUCCUCCUGGUGUCAACCGGAUUGAUCAUGCUCUUAACUGUCUCCCUCUUGCUGCUUCUUCUGGCCCUCCUCCUUUCUGGUCGGCUUUACUUUCUCUGCUGUACGUGGUUGAUACUCUAAGUCACCCGUCAGCCCAUAUUGCUCCUGAUCCCGAUCCUGGUGAUUCAUGGUUGUCUGUUUCUUGUUCUCGUCGCUGA